AUGUCCAAUGUCGUGAGGUUUAUUUCAACGGCCCAAGUUGUGCCUGCUCUUCCUGUCCAACCACUUUCCCUUGAUGACGAGACAGCCGUCUUCGAGGCCCGCAAGAGUGAAAUGACAGAGUUUAUAGCUCAACCCAGAUUCGCUGCUAUCAAGAGGCCGUAUUCCCCAGCUUCUGUUGCCUCGAAACAAGGCUCUCUCCCUGUUUUGCCUAUCCCAUCUAGCUUGUUGGCGGACAAGCUCUUUGCUCUACUGACGGCGGCUGCGGAUGCUGGAAAACCAGUACACACUAUGGGUGCCAUUGACCCGGUACAAAUGACCCAGAUGGCACGUCAUCAAGAGGUUGUAUACGUGUCUGGGUGGGCAGCUUCUAGCGUGUUAACUACUGGAAACAACGAAGUCGGGCCGGACUUGGGAGAUUACCCCUACACGACUGUUCCGAAUCAAGUCCAUCGAAUUUUUCGCGCCCAACAAUUACAUGACAAGAAACAUUAUGAUGAGCGAAUGUCAGCAUCACCAGAACAACGCGCAAAAAUGGAGCAGAUAGAUUACCUCAGGCCUAUUAUUGCUGAUGCAGACACAGGACACGGUGGUCUUUCCGCCGUCAUGAAGUUGGUCAAACUCUUUGCGGAAUCUGGCGCUUCUGCAAUCCAUUUAGAAGAUCAGUUACAUGGCGGGAAGAAGUGCGGUCAUUUGGGAGGGAAAGUUCUUGUACCAACCUCAACACAUAUAUCUCGCCUUGUAGCCUCGAGGUUUCAGCUUGACUUGAUGAAAUCCACGAUGCUACUUAUAGCACGCACAGACUCUGAGUCCGGGAAGCUCAUCUCGUCCAAUGUGGAUGUUACGGAUCAUCAAUUUAUUCUGGGUACAACAGCCAAAGGAAGCAAGUCUCUUGCUCAGGUUUUAGGAGAAGCAGAGGCCCAGGGCGCAACGGGGGCACAGGUGGACCAAAUCGAGAAGAAAUGGACUGAGUCUCAUGAAAUGUGCACCUUUGAUCAGGCUGUGGAAACUGCUAUAAAAAAAUCGAAGAUAGUCGAUAAAACUGGUGCCUACAAAAAGUACCUCUCAAUGGUAACAGGAAAGUCCAACAGUGAGGCUCGCGAAGUUGCGGCUGAUAUUCUGGGAGAAAAUGUCUACUGGGAUUGUGACCUACCCCGAACUAGAGAAGGGUUUUACCACUACACAGGAGGGGUGGAGGCCGCAAUCAACCGUACUAUGGCUUUUGCUCCUUACGCGGACCUUCUUUGGUUGGAAACGAAAUCACCGAAUCUUGAACAGGCCAGAUAUUUUGCUCGUAAGAUUAGAGAGAAGUAUCCCGGAAAGUGGUUCGUGUAUAAUCUGAGUCCAAGCUUCAACUGGUCUCAACACGGCUUCACGGACGCCAACCUCAAGGCCUUCGUUUGGGAGCUUGCAAAGGAGGGCUUUGUCCUUCAACUUAUAUCGCUGGCAGGCCUUCACAGUAAUGCGGUGACAACAGCGGAACUCUCUGCCCGGUAUAAGGAGGAUGGCAUGCUUGCGUAUGUCGAGCUGAUCCAACGUAAAGAAAAAGACAUUGGCUGCGAUGUCUUGACACAUCAGAAAUGGAGUGGCGCCAAUUACAUUGACGGCAUUCUGCAAACCGUCUCAUCGGGAUCAUCUAGCACCUCCGCAAUUGGAAAGGACUCGACAGAGCACUCCUUCUAG